GAAGCAUUUAGUGAGAAGAAAAAUACAAUUAACAACAAAGUCGUUGAAACUUUAACGUUAGAAAGUAAACAAAACGCGCAGAUCUGAAGGCUUGCCGACAAGUGCCAAAAGUAUAGCGCAAAACAUUUUGCAGAUUAUAGACUAGAACAUGGCGCCCCCGCACCGUAGCGGCAACAUUGGAUUUGGUGGCGGAUACGGGCAGCGCGAUGGUAAUCGAGACCGGGACAGUCGUGGUUUCGGUGGUGGCGGUGUGAGGUCCGGUCGAGUUGAUAGACGACGCAGCAGUCCGAGGCGCAUGGGCGGUGGGCUCAACCGAGGAGCAGGUGCUGUAAACGACGACUUCGGAAAUUUACACAAUGUAAACUGGACAGACAUGCGUUUGCAGCCGUUUCAGAAGAACUUCUAUCAGGAGCAUCCGCAAACGCGUAACAGACCACCCCACGAAGUGGAGCGCUUUCGCAGUCAACAUCAGAUUACAGUGCGCGGCCCGGCCCCGAAUCCCAUACAGUACUUUGAUGAGGCAUGCUUCCCCGAUUACUGCAUGAAUGAAAUUCGCCGCCAACGGUAUACAGAGCCAACCCCAAUACAAGCACAGGCCUGGCCCAUAGCCAUGUCAGGUAGCAACCUCGUGGGCAUUGCAAAGACGGGCUCAGGCAAGACGCUCGCGUUCAUACUGCCCGCCAUUGUUCACAUCAAUGGCCAGCAGCCACUACAACGCGGCGAUGGACCCAUUGCCCUAGUACUGGCACCAACACGUGAGCUCGCCCAACAGAUUCAAUCGGUGGCCAAUGAUUUCGGAUCGAGCGCAUAUGUACGCAACACAUGCAUCUUCGGUGGUGCACCACGCUCUAAGCAAUCCAAUGAUUUGGAGCGUGGCGUGGAGAUUGUUAUUGCAACGCCCGGCCGCUUGCUGGACUUCUUGCAAGGUGGCACCACCAAUUUGCGACGAUGCACAUAUCUGGUGCUGGACGAGGCGGAUCGCAUGUUGGAUAUGGGUUUUGAGCCACAGAUACGCAAAAUUUUAGGUCAAAUACGGCCCGACCGUCAGAUACUUAUGUGGAGUGCCACCUGGCCCAAGGAGGUGCGACAGCUGGCUGAAGAUUUUCUGGGCAGCUACAUUCAGAUCAACAUUGGAUCCCUGGAGUUGUCAGCCAAUCACAAUAUACGCCAGUACGUGGAGGUUUGCGGCGAGCACGAAAAGGGCACCAAGCUCAAGGAUUUGCUCUCUCACAUAUAUGACCAGUCCAACUCACCCGGCAAAAUCAUCAUAUUUGUGGCCACCAAAAAGAAAGUAGAUGAGCUAUCACGCUUCAUCAACGCAUUCGGUGUGCGCGUAGGCUCAAUUCACGGCGAUAAGUCGCAAAUGGAUCGCGACAAUGUGCUCAAUGACUUCCGUAGCGGACGCGCCAACAUUUUGGUCGCCACUGAUGUGGCCGCUCGUGGGCUGGACGUGGAUGGCAUCAAGUAUGUCAUAAAUUUUGAUUUUCCACAAUCCUCGGAGGAUUACAUACAUCGCAUUGGACGCACAGGACGUAAACAUUCCACGGGCACAUCCUACGCGUUCUUCACCCGCAAGAAUGCCAAGUGCGCACGCGCCCUUAUUGACAUACUCCGUGAAGCAAAUCAGAAUGUGAAUCCGGAGCUGGAGUACAUUGCACGAGAUUCUGGCGGCGGUGGUGGACGGAAUCGCGGCGGUCGCGGCUCUGGCAGACACAAUGGUGGUGGCGGAGGAAGUGGUGGUGGUGGCUACAAUGGCUUCAAUGGCGGUGGCAGUCACAGCGGUGGUGGUGGCGGCGGCGGUGGCAACCGCUUUGGCUCAUCUAGUAUUGGCAGCAGCUUCGGAUCCGGAAUGGGUGGAAGUAGUUUCUCUGGCUUGGGUUCAAGCUCCUCAGGUGGAGGUUUCGGCAAUGGCUUCGGUAGUGGCGGUGGAGGUGGCAGUGGCGGUGGCGGUGGUCAUGGCUUUGGUGGCAAUGCAUUUUCCGGAGGCAGCGGGGGCUACUCCAAUGCAAAUGGACGAUAUGGACGACACUAAGUUUUUGGAAUUGUUCGCUGAACAUUUAUUUUUAAUUGCAAACAAAUUACACAUUUGAUAUUUAUUCAUAUUCGCAUUCAGUCAAAAGGAUCUACGCCCCCUUCACCCAUUCUUCCCGUUCAUUUCUUAUUUAUUUUCAUACCGAAAGAAAAAUGUCAUCUGGAAUUUGAGACAGUUCGUGCGAUAUUACAAUAUAUAGUAAUAACGUACAGUUUUAACUUCUUGCAAAUGCAAAUGUAAGCAACAAAUUACGAAUAAAACGUAAAAUUUUAUAAAAGCCCAA